CCGGGGGAGACACACACACAGAGAGAGAGAGAGAGAGAGAGAGAGAGAGAGAGAGAGAGAGAGAGAGAGAGAGAGAGAGGGGAGGUAUUUCAUAUGGCUGGUUAAAAGAAAAGCGGAGGUCGGGAGGUGCAUGUGUUGUGACUCAUCCAUGGCUGUUCUGGUGAGCAACUGUGAGGGGAUGCUGGCGCCAAUGGAGUCAGGCCAACCUGUUCCAGCACCCUUCUUAAUAAAGACCUAUCAGCUGGUCGACGACCCGUCCACAGACGACAUUGUGUCAUGGGGUGAGGAUGAAUCAACUUUUGUCGUUUGGAGGCCACCAGAGUUUGCAAGAGACUUGCUCCCCAAUUACUUCAAGCACAACAAUUUUUCCAGCUUCGUUAGGCAGCUGAACACCUAUGGAUUCAGGAAGAUAGCUCCAGACAGAUGGGAGUUUGCCAAUGAAUUCUUCAGGAAAGGAAAGAAGCAUUUACUCUGUGAGAUCCAUAGAAGAAAAGCAACUCAACUUUCGACGCAGCAUCAACAUCCAAGGCCUUCAUUGCCGCACCCAUGGUGUAGAGCCAUCUUAGAUGGUCAAGUUGGCUGGUGGGGUUCCUCCUCGCCAUCCCUAAGAGAACCCCCAUCGUUUCCAAAAGACAGCACUGACCUGUUGUCAUCUCUCACAGAGGAUAACCAGAGGCUAAGGAAGACCAACUCUCUGUUGCUGGCAGAGUUGACCCACAUGAGAAAACUCUACAAUGACAUCAUCUACUUCAUUCAGAAUCAUGUGAAGCCAGCAUCGCCUCCAAAUUUACCAAGUUACCCUCCAUUAACGGAGUUCGCGCCAGCUUCUUUUGCAGAAACCGUGAGGAAGACGAGUUUUUUGACCAGUGCAGAUUCUUGCAGACUAGAAGAGGAAGAACCCAACAGAAAUGUGAAGCUGUUCGGUGUUCCCCUCCAUGGGAAGAAGAGAAUGCACCCUGAUGCAGUCUGAUAUGAUAUGUGGGCAGACUUCAAAGAGGUCCUGUCAGUGGCUUCCUCGGCCGAUGUAGUUGCUUCUCUAGUCCAAGAUACUUAAUCUGAAAAUUAAAAGGUUCAGAUUCAGUCCUUUUA